AAUCGCUUUGGGAAUCGCUCUUGCAUCCCAUCAGAAUUACCCCACACAGACCUACGGCGCCAUGUGGCAAGACUGCACGAUCGAUGGAGACUACUCCUCGACUGUUUGGCACAGGACAACACCUCUGCUCGCUGCUGCCAAGGACGAUGGCUCAAUCGAGAUCUUUUCAGACGAGGGCACCCGUCUCGAUAAGGCCAGCAUCCAGAAGGAGGCCAAAGUGUGCGCGAUGACUUGGCAUCCCUCACGUCGGCUGCUUGCUGCCGGAUGGUCAACAGGCACGGUCGGAGUUUGGUGCGAUGCCGAACAAGCGCUGCGAGAGGGCAACAUCCACCAGUGCCCCGUUGGCAUUCUGGAGUGGAGCUUUGGUGGCAACCGAUUGAUCAGCGCCGACCAGGACGGGGUUGUUGUCGUCUGGAAAGUCGAUCAGCGCGGACGAAUCACUUCGCUCUGCCAGUAUCGACUGAAAGGAGGGGUGUCAUUCUGCCUGUUCCGGAGCACCCGCUCAUCCGAACGCGAUCAAAGGCGAUCGGACAGCCCUCCGUUCUUCUUGACUACAACCUCGGGAUCCCUCUAUUAUGCCGACGACAUGGGGCACUGCGCCGAGAGUGCCUCGGUCUCGCCGCCGGUCAUUUCCAUGGGAAUCUUCCAGAUCAAAGACCGGGACAUCCUGUUUGCCCUCAGCAGCGAGCUCGUCCUGCUGCGCUACAACCUCACCCAAGACGGCAAGCUGUCGCAGGAGCUUGAGAUGAAACUGAGCGCCGGUGCUCGAUACGACCGCAAGAAUCUCCAGGCAGUCUGGAUCGGUGUUGGAACAUUGGCAUUGUCGUUCUGCGGUCAAUUUGUCAAAAUCUGGGACCUGUUGAACGAAGAGACCCAAAAUCUCACUAUUCCAGAUGCCGACGGUGUCCGAUUCAACUGCCUCUCCUAUUCCAGCAGCCAGAAUAUGCUUGCAGCCGGCACCGACUCUGGACAUGUGAUUGUCUGGAGACUGAACAAAGUUGUGAAGGAUGACAAGCACUUGGGCUUCGAUUGGAAAAUCGCCUUUCGAAUCAACACCGGUGGAUGCAUCGACGAGCUGCACUGGGGCGGAUCCUCCAACCUACUCUCGGUGCGCAAGAAAAACUCUGUCAAAAUCCUGACUCGGACGACAACGCACUGGGCAACCAACGGAAAGCUGGCAGUUAUUCAAUCGUCACCCAAGCAGCUUCUAUGCUUCAACCCAUCGAAGGAGAAAUUCGAGCCAUACGAAGUCGAAUUCUCGGGCAAAAUCAAGGGUGCUCAUUUGUCAUCCAAUCACUUGGCGAUCUGGGACGGGACGCAAAUUGAAAUAUUCGAGUUUGGAGAAGAUGGCACAAACUUCCAAGUUAUCGGAACCAUCACGUCAGACUCUCUCCUCAUCGCGGUCGACCGAACAGCCCUGUAUCUGGCCAAGAAAGCGAUUGAUGUGUGCAACUUGCAAGGUGUCAUGAAAACCUCCGUCUCGGUGUCUGAGAAGGAAGGCGAGAUCAUCGCACUCCGUGUCAGCCACGGGUUUUUAUUGCUUGCAACUUCCAAUAACUUUAUCAAGCUCUUCGACGUAUCGUCCAAAGAUCCAAAGUACAUCUGCACAAAGCAGAUCGACGAGCAAGUAUCUGAAUCCAUCAACAUACAAGAGCUGCUCUCGAUCAAACACAACUCGAGUGGCACGUUUGUGAGCAUCUUGGCUACAACCAUGAGCGACGAGGCUUCAAACAACCCGCGUAUCGACACAGGACUCUUGAUCUACGAUGUCGAUCACGACGAGAUUCUACAGUACGAUUUCUCGCAGCAGAAUCUUCGGGUCACAAGUCACUUCUGGGACCAGACAGAUCCUCGUAUUUUAGUUUGUGAGGCGCAGGCCUAUGCGACACUUUCAGGAUCAUCGACCGACAGCCAAAGUCUGCAGUCCAACGAGAUAUGCUCCUUCUUUGUGGUUUCAACCCACGGAAUCGUGUUCCAGGAUCGGUAUUCUGCCAGUGACGCCGAUACCUUGAUCGAAGUGAAUCUGCCGUUCCACAUAUUCAUGCAGAAAUAUGAAUCAAACGAGACCACCACAACAUCAGUCUUCCGAAAGCCCACACACGACUAUGUUGGAAUCGAAGAGUCUGAUGCAUCUACCCUACGUGCAAUGACGGACUUCAGCUUCCAUCUCACCACCGGCAACAUCGAUGAUGCGCUCAAGGCAGUUCGCUUCAUCAAGUACGAGCGGGUGUGGGAAAACAUGGCGCGGAAGUGCGUCAAGAUGAAGCGAAUGGAUGUGGCGGUCAUGUGUUUGGGCAGCAUGGGAUACGCUGAGGCUGUGUCGGCCCUCAAUGAAGCAAAGAACGAGUCGGACGACGUCAAGGCUGCAAUCGCAGCAACAUAUCUUGGCAUGACGAAUGAUGUCGAGGAGCUGUAUUUGAGUGCUCAGCGAUACGAUUUGUUGAAUGAAUACUACCAGUGCUCGGGCAACUGGGAAUGGGCUCUCGACACGGCCGCCAGUCGUGACCGGAUCAGCCUCCGCUCGACUUUUUGCAAAUUCGGACGAUACCUGCAGGAAAUCGGCGACAUCAGCGGAGCGAUUGCAGCCUUUGAAAAGUCGUCGGCAUGCAAUUACGAGAUUCCGCGACUGCUCGCUGGCCGAGACCGAGAGCUCAAGGACUAUAUCGACUCGUCCGAAUCAAAGCCUCUGAAGAAGUGGUGGGCACAGUAUCUCGAAUCGACGGGCGACUACGAAGCGGCACUCAAGUUCUACGAACAAAGCGGCGAUAAUAUUGCCAUUGUUCGGCUGUACUGCUGUAUCGGCAAGCUUGACCAGGCCAUGAAGCUUGCCGACCAAAGCAACUCGCCGGCGGCCGCGUACUUUAUCGCAAACCACCUCGAGAACGAAGGCAAUAUUUCGGAUGCCAUAUCGUUCUACUCCAAAGCAAAGUGCUUCACACAAGCCAUUUCGAUCGCCCAGCUGCAUGGAAUGGAUGAUCAGCUCAUGUAUCUGGCCCUUCAGGGCUCCAAGGAGUCUAUGCUCAACGUCGCACGUUACUACGAGGCUAAGCGAAAAUAUCUCGACAAGGCUAUCAGCUUGUAUUACAAGAGCGGCCACAUCUCGAAAGCGCUCCAGCUCUGCUUCGACUCGAAGCAGCACAUGAUGCUCCAAGAUUUGGUGGAGAGUCUUGGUGAGGGUGUAGACCCAAAAUUACUCUCCAAAUGCGCUCAGUUUUUCAUCGAAAACCAGCAGCACACCCAAGCUGUUCGUCUGCUGUUGAAGGCACGAAACGUCGACGAGGCGAUCCAAGUCGCACAGGAAAACGGUGUUACCAUCACCGAGGAACUGGCUGACUUGAUCCAAGCUGAUAAGAGCGGAAGCGAGACUGCAGAGGAGAAGGAAAUGUGUCUCAAACUUGCGCAGUGCUGUCUGCAGCAAAGGUCCUACCAUCUCGCAUGCAAGAAAUUCACCCAGGGCGGCGAUCGGCUGCAGGCAAUGAAGUCACUGCUUAAAUCAGGCGAUACUGAGAAGAUUAUAUUUUUCGCCAACGUCUCGGGUCCAAAACAGAAAGAAAUCUACGUUUUGGCUGCAAACUACCUCCAAACACUCGACUGGAGGAACUAUCCGUCGAUCAUGAAGGCAAUCAUACUGUUUUACAGCAAGGCAAAGGCAUUUGAUUCGCUCUCUGGAUUUUACCAAGCCUGCGCACAGGUAGAGAUCGACGAGUAUCAGAACUACGAAAAGGCUCUUGGCGCGUUCCGCGAAGCAGCAAAGUGCUCCUUGAAGGGCAAAGACAGAGGGGCCGACGACCCCCAACUCGCAUCGAUGGAUCGCCGCAUCUACCUGGUGUCCAAGUUCGUGGAGGCCAGAAAGCUCGCCAAGACCGAUGUUGAAAAGACAUUCUCGAUUUGCGAAGCACUGUUGCGGGAACCGGACAUCGAGUAUGCAGUCCGAAUGGGCGACAUAUACGCGUUGUUGGUCGAGUGCCAUUUUGAUAGCGGCAAUCACGAGCAGGCGCUGGAAGUCCUCCACAAGAUGAAGAGUCGAAAGUCCACGUCCAACAUUGAGUUUUUUGUUGAUCGCAACAUUCUCCAAGCUUUGGACAAGAGCUAUGGCGCCACCCAGGGCGACGACGGCUCGGACAUUGUCGAGGAGCUGCCCGACAGCUAGGCGCACGCUCCAGCGCUCACAAAGUGAAGCAAGUCAUCUUGUCCACGAGGCUGUCGGCGUGCGAUUCUGGAUCUCUAAUACACCGGCCUCCGAGAGUUACCGCCGACCCUGUCAUCAUGAGACUGCUCCGUAAAACUGGCGGCGUAGACGAUCAGCUCAUUCAAUAAAACCGAGAGUCAUAUAUGCUUCAGCACGAUGGCAUUUGGCCAAGUGCCGCGAAUUGACAGAUUAAUACAUGCU